UUUGGACACGUUUACCCUGAUUACUAGAGCUCAAAAGGCCCAGAGCUACUACACCGCUCUCUGCUCUCCCUUGACCCUCUGAGCAGUGUCCUAAGUGCUGGAUCAGGAUGCUCAGCAACGUGCUGUUGGCUCUCUCAGUGCUGUCUGUUUGCCUCUCUGGGGCCAGAGGAGGUAAAGUGCUGGUGUUCCCAGUAGAUGGCAGCCACUGGCUAAACAUGAGGGUCAUCAUUGAGGAGCUGCACUCCCGAGGCCACAGCAUUACUGUAGUGCGAGCCUCAAACAGCUGGCAUAUUAAGAAGGACUCACCCUACUAUACUUCACACACCAUUGAAAUGGGUCCGUACCAAGACUAUGUUGUGGAUGAACUGGCAUCUACACUUCUGCAGUUGCGGAUGGAAGGCAGGUCCUUUUUUAAUGACAUGACCCUGGGAAACUCAGUAGUAGAAAGGUUCUCUGAAAUGCAUCGGGACAUCUGUACAAUGGUGGCUACAAUAUUUGAAGAUGAGAAUCUGAUGCGGUCACUGCGGGAUGCUAAAUACGACUUGGUUCUCACAGAUCCUGCUUUUGGAGGCGGGGUGUUCUUAGCACGCCGUCUCCAGCUGCCGAUGGUGUUUAACGUGAGGUGGACAGUCCAUGGAGAGGCCCAUUUCGCCAUCGCUCCCUCCCCGCUCUCCUACGUUCCUUUUCCAGGAGCUGAGCUGACGGACAAGAUGACCUUCUCUAAGAGGGUUUCGAAUAUCAUUGCAUUCACUAUCAGUCAGUCUAUGCACAAAAAAAUGACUGAUGCUCACUAUACAGCUCUCUGCAAACGGUUCUUUGGCCCUGAUGUUGACUACUUCUCCUUGUUCCAGGAUGCUGAUAUCUGGCUCAUGAGGAAUGACUUCACCUUUGAGUUCCCACGCCCAACCAUGCCCAAUGUGGUCUACAUGGGCGGGUUCCAAUGCAAGCCAGCUAGACCGCUUCCUGUUGACCUGGAAGAGUUUGUCCAAAGCUCUGGGGAGCAUGGGGUCAUCAUUAUGUCCCUUGGUACUUUGUUUGCCGAGCUCCCUAGUGUCAUCACUGAAGAGAUUGCUGCAGCUUUUGCUCAGCUUCCCCAAAAGGUCAUCUGGAGAUAUACAGGGGCUAAGCCCUCGACUCUUGGCAAUAACACCUUACUAGUGGACUGGAUGCCCCAAAAUGACCUGUUGGGACACGCAAAGACUAAAGUGUUUGUAGCCCAUGGGGGUACCAAUGGUAUCCAAGAAGCAAUCUACCAUGGUGUCCCAAUACUUGGCCUGCCCCUAGUGUUUGAUCAGCCUGACAACCUGUCCAGAAUGGUAGCAAGAGGAACGUCUAAGGUAGUGGACAUUGCCACUCUAGACAGAGCAGUGUUUGUGGAGUCGCUAAAGGAAGUGCUCUAUGAGCCGUCCUACAGGGAGAACAUGCAGAGACUCUCCAGGAUCCACCAUGACCAGCCCAUGAAGCCUCUGGACCGCGUCAUUUUCUGGAUCGAGUUUGUGAUGAGGAACGGUGGCGCCCCUCACCUGCGCACUCAGUCCUUCAGGAUGUCCUGGAUCGCGUAUCAUUCUAUAGACGUCAUUCUGACUCUGCUCAUGGCUCUACUGCUCUUACUACUGAUUAUGUUCCUGGCAAUCAAAAAAUGCUGUUCACUUUUAUUCAGAAAGAAAGUCAAAAGUGAGUAAUAUGACAUGUUGCAAUUAUAUUAAAACGUAGCUAUGGUAA